AUGCAAAACUGUAAAAAGGUCGCACAACUGUGCCAAAGAGAGGCAAGGAAGGCGGCGGCUCGUUCUGUUAAGCCAAGUAAAGAGGUUCAUUCCCGAGCGCGAAAAGCAAAUCGUGAAAUGCUCUUUUUCUGGAAGCGCAAUGAACGUGAGGAGCGGGAGAUGAGAAAGAAGGCUGAAAAGGAAGCAAUUGAAAAGCUACGUAUUGAGGAAGAGAUGCGGGAAGCCAGACGUCAGGCCCGCAAGCUCAACUUCUUGAUUACACAGACAGAGCUGUACAGUCAUUUCAUCGGCAAGAAGAUCGGAACUGAGGCAGCAGAAGCAGAUGAUGAUGCAGCCCCUGUCCGAAUGCAACCAUCAAAGGAACCUCAUGAAGAUUCUAUCCAACAGGAUCCAAAUCAUGCACCUGUGGAGGGCGAUAUUGAUUUUGAAGAAGCCACAGAUGAAGCACUAGAAGCUCAGGCCAAAUGGGGUGCACAACAAGCAUUGCUAGCAGCUCAACAGCGCACAAAGACAUUUGAUGAAGAGGCUAAGGAACACCGAGAGCAAAAGCCUAACAUGGCUCUUAACCAGAAUGACUUGGACGAGAUGAAUUUCCAAAACCCAUCCAGUAUGCCAACAGUGGCUGAAAUUGAGCAGCCUAAGAUGCUUAUGUGUCAACUCAAGGGUUAUCAGAUUAAGGGCCUUAACUGGCUAGCCAAUUUAUAUGAGCAGGGUAUCAAUGGUAUUCUCGCAGACGAGAUGGGUUUGGGAAAGACAGUCCAGUCUAUUUCGCUUAUGGCGUACUUGGCCGAGACACAAAACAUCUGGGGCCCAUUUUUAGUGAUAGCUCCUGCGUCAACAUUGCACAACUGGCAGCAAGAGUUUACAAAGUUUACCCCAGAUCUGAAAGCUCUCCCGUAUUGGGGCAAUAUCAAGGACAGAAAGACGCUACGCAAGUUUUGGAACAAGAAACAAGUGUACAACAAAGAUGCGCCUUUUCACGUCCUCAUAACGUCUUAUCAAUUGGUUGUCUCGGAUGAAAAGUAUUUUCAGCGAGUCAAGUGGCAAUAUAUGGUACUGGAUGAGGCACAGGCAAUCAAAAGUUCAUCCAGUGCACGAUGGAAAACAUUACUGGGCUUCAACUGUCGCAACCGCCUCUUACUCACAGGAACCCCAAUCCAAAAUAGUAUGCAAGAAUUGUGGGCAUUACUGCAUUUUAUCAUGCCUAGUCUUUUUGAUUCCCAUGAGGAGUUUAGUGAAUGGUUCUCAAAGGACAUCGAGUCCCAUGCUGAAAACAAGGGUACGUUAAAUGAGCACCAACUGAAACGUCUUCACAUGAUCCUUAAGCCAUUUAUGUUGCGUCGUAUCAAGAAAAAUGUGCAGAACGAGCUGGGCGAUAAGAUCGAGUUGGAAGUGAGCUGCGAAUUGACAGCGAGACAAAGGGCGCUUUAUCGUGGGCUCAAAGAAAAGAUUUCUAUUUCAGAGCUCUUAGAAAAGGCGUCGUCUCUGGAUGAUAGCGAUUCUGUCGACAGUUUGAUGAACCUUGUUAUGCAGUUCCGUAAAGUUUGUAACCACCCUGAGUUAUUUGAGCGUGCCGACGUAGUAUCACCUUUGGCAUUAUGUGCCUUUAGUCAAACGCCAUCAAUCGCACGAGAAGGAGACGAUCUGUUUGUGGCAUACACAACGCGUAGCAGGAUAAAUUAUUCUAUUCCUAAGCGCUUUUACCGCGAGGGCGGGCUUUUGCGAGUUCCUUCGGAGCAAUCGAAUGCAGGAACCGACACCAAAUAUCUGGAUCAUCUUUUGAAUAUCUGGACACCUGAUCAUGUUGCACAAUCCAUGUUUGAAGAAGAAGGCACGUUCUCUUUCUUGCGAUUCACUGAUUAUUCACCUUCUCAGGUCACUAAGAUAUCCCGCAGCCACCUACUGGAUCGGUUUGCUCUCCAUCUAGAGCUGGAAGACUCACGAUCAAGACGUGGGUAUGGUCUUGACAGUGUCUGGGACGGCGAUGAUGUGGCAUCAGCAAAUUAUCCGGGGAAUACUUUUGCAAAGUUUGUGAUUUCCGAGUCAGUGGAUCCAUUUUCACAGAACAAUCGAUCUAGUUUGAACCAUAUGAAGCAGCUUGGUCAUACCCUCUACAAAUCCGAACUGGGCGAGUAUUUGCCAAUGAUGGAGGCAGCCUAUAGACCCAAGGCGGUGGCCCCUCCAAUCGAGAUGAUCUGUUCUGAUCGUACUUUUCUUGUUGACCAAUAUGAGCAAAUGUUUGAUACCAGAAUACGACGACUACUGCUUGGUGUUCCAGAAUUUAGAACAGAGGCUGUGCAUCAAGAAUAUGUUGCUCCAAUAAUGGAUUUAUGGCAGGUGAAUCAGGGUCGUGGAUUGCUAGGUGAGCCAUCACUCAGCUCCCAGGGCUAUUCGACCAUCGAAGUACCUCAGAUGAAACAACUGAUUAUGGAUUCUGGAAAGCUGGCGGUCUUGGACAAAUUGCUUGUGGAGCUCAAGGCCGGUGGUCAUCGCGUACUUGUGUAUUUCCAGAUGACUAAAAUGAUUGAUCUGAUGGAAGAAUAUCUUACUUAUCGACAGUACAAAUACUUGCGUCUUGAUGGAUCUUCCAAGAUUUCUGAUCGUCGCGAUAUGGUGACAGACUGGCAGACACGACCAGAGAUAUUCAUCUUUUUGCUUAGUACUCGUGCGGGUGGUCUAGGAAUCAAUUUAACAGCGGCGGACACCGUUAUUUUCUAUGACAGCGAUUGGAAUCCUACAGUGGAUCAGCAGGCUAUGGACCGUGCCCAUCGUUUGGGCCAGACACGUCAAGUCACUGUGUAUAGGCUCAUCACUCGAGGAACAAUCGAGGAAAGAAUUUUGCAGCGAGCCAAACAGAAAGACGAAAUACAAAAGGUCGUCAUCUCUGGCGGAGAAUUUAAACAGAGUGUCGAGUUCAAGCCACGCGAAAUUGUUUCAUUAUUGUUAGACGACGACGAAUUAGCGACUAAACUGCAGGAACAGCAGUUGAAGCGCAAGGUCGAGGAAGAAGAAGCCAAGAGUUCACGCAAAGGCACAUCCAAGGCAGACAGUGGCCGGCCAUCGAAGAAACCUAGGAAGGAUGGUAAAGACAACAAGGACACUGCAGCUUCUACGCCUACUGCCUCUACAAGUGGUUUGGCGACAAAAGGAAGAACCUUGGAUGAGAUGUGGGCUGAGAUGGAUGCACAGGCGGCGGGUGAAGGAGCUGGUGCUGGUGGCGAAAGUAAUUCAGGGGCAGGAGUAAGUCCUGUCACGAAAGGCAAGCGAGGCCGCACUCCUAAAGAAAAGCCACCCAAGGAACCAAAACCCAAAAAAGAAAAAGAGCCAAAAGCUAAGAAACCGCCCAAGAUAGGCAAGAAGGCUCAAGCAGCAGCAGCAGCAGCAGCAGCAGAAGGAGGAGGACAGCAAAGAGAGAAUGGUGAUGAUGUUGAUGUGGACAUGGAUGCUGAUGUGAUGGAUAUGUAA